AUGUCUAAGUGCGUUAAUGGGUUGAGAAGCAGAUUAACAGCCAUCAUUGGAGCUUAAUGGGGAGAUGAAGGUAAAGGAAAACUUGUAGAUAUCUUGGCUGAAAAAUACGAUUAUUGCGCUAGAUUUAAUGGAGGAGCAAAUGCAGGACACACAAUUGUUGUUGGAGGUGUAAAGUAUGCAUUCCACUUGUUGCCAUGUGGAAUCUUAUACUAGACCUGUAUGAAUGUGAUUGGAAAUGGAGUAGUGGUGAAUAUCCCAACUUUGUUUGAAGAAUUGGCUCAACUGGAUAAAAAUAGAGUUGAUUAUACUGGAAGAUUAGUCAUCUCCAACAGAGCUCAUCUUGUUGUUGAUGGAUUGCUCGAGGCAGAUGCCAAAAGCGAGAGUGAUUCAAGAAAAAAAUUUCUUGGUACAACAAAAAGAGGAAUCGGACCCACUUAUUCAGCAAAAGCAUUGAGAUAAGGAUUGAGAGUCGGAGAUUUAUUACAUUGGGACACAUUUUUAUUAAAAUAUCAUUCAUUAAAUGCAAAACUCAGAGAACAAGAGGGAAUCUAAAUAGAUACUCAAAAAGAAAUCAAUACUCUUAAAGAUUAUAGAGAUAUUUUGAUAAACAGAAAUAUGAUUGUAGAUACCAUCUCAUUAAUUGCUAACGCCAGAAAGGAUGGAAGAAGAAUUUUAGCCGAAGGUGCCAAUGCCACUAUGUUGGAUAUUGAUUAUGGAACCUAUCCAUAUGUGACUUCAUCCAGUACUAAUGUUGGAGGAGUAUGCACUGGAUUGGGUGUACCUCCAUCUGCUAUUGAAACUGUUAUUGGAAUUGUUAAGGCUUACACUACUAGAGUCGGUGAAGGACCUUUUCCAACUGAACUCACUAAUGAAACUGGAAAGUACCUCUAGAAAACUGGUCAUGAAUUUGGAGCAACCACUGGAAGACCUCGUAGAUGCGGUUGGCUUGAUAUUCCUAUUUUAAGAUAUUCAAUCCAAAUUAAUGGACAUUCAUCAAUCAAUCUUACCAAAUUAGACAUCUUGACUGGGCUUGAGGAAAUAAAGAUUGGAGUUAAUUAUUUACUGAAUGGAAAAGUCAUUGACUAUAUUCCUGCAUAAUUAGAGGAACUAGCUUAAGUUGAAGUUGAGUACAUCACUGUGAAAGGAUGGAAAUAGGACAUUUCUGAUUGCAAGACCUUUUCUGAAUUACCAGUUGAAGCCUAAAAUUAUAUUAAGAAAAUAGAAGAACUCUUGGGAAUUCCAGUCUCUUGGAUUGGAAAUGGACCUUAGAGAGAAAAGAUUAUUUUAAAAGAUUGA